AAUGCUACUCUAUCAAUUUCUAUUCAGAAAAAAUUGUCUUUAAGUACCUCCAAUUGCGAUCAAAUUGUUUUCCUGAUUGAAUAAAUAUUCGAUUUCAAGUCAAUUUUUUUUAUUAAACUCAACCAGAAAAUCAAAGCGUAAUGUGUAAUGUUUGGAUUAAAAGUCUUUCUGUUUAUUUUAUAACCUGUAGUCCAAUUCCAAGUUAACACCUAAAUUCUAAUUAAAACAACCUCAAUUAGAAUCUAAUCAACGCAUAAAUUUACGAGUUAGUUUUUCAUCUCAAAAGUUAUUCUGUGUUUUUGCCGACAUUUAAACUUCCUAAUGCAUUACGUAACCCCGUUAUUGUUAUGUAAUAUGAUUUUAAUAUGUAAUUAGUUAAUAUGAACCGAACAGUUCUCGCCGACGUUCGUCCCCUGGGCUCGGAUUUGUACGACUACGACGAGCAACGAGAGGGUUACCAGCCAUAUGAGGAGUGGAUCACUAAGAAGGCGGAAAAAGAGGCUAAGAAUGAGGCCAAGAUAGCAGGCGCCACUUCAGCAACUGCAGUUGCUGUUGUGCAGAACACCACUACACACUCUAAAACAGAGGGAAUCAAAGGAGAGAUCAAGGUCACCAAACCGAUACACAACGAUGACUUGGUUCUAUUCAAAGUGCCCAAACUGACGUUCCGAGAGUGGAUCUGCACUUGCGAGCGACGACUGCGGAACGGAAUCCGACAUCCUGAACUUGCCAGCCUGUACACUGUGCGAAACGAGAAAUGGAUUUGGGGCAGGGAGGGGAGACUGCAUGCGUACUUCUUGCGGGUCAACCGACCUCUGACCCCCCAAGAGGUCAAUCAGGCCAAGUUUCCCCACCUGGAUAAAGUUUCGGUGGAAUGGGCAGCCAGUGUCCACGAAGAUAUGCCACGGUACAUUCAGAAUCUCAUUCAAGUGCAGCAGGAGCAAAACGAGUUCAAAUUCAUCCGAGCCAAAACGAUGUUCGAUCUUCCCAAUAAUGAAGAGAAAAAUGCGCGGAAUACUCAGGCGAGAUAUGGAGCAAUAAAACAAGUCUACGAAUCCGAAAUAGCUCUCAGACCCCAAAGAAAUCACGGAAGGUCGGAAACAUUCCGAAGACUACACGACAAGUCGUACAUGUCUUCGUCGACGACUCAAAUGACGUCUUUCCGAGAGGCGAGUCGGAUUAGGUACAGUCGGCCGGAAGGGGCAGGGGGUAGUAAAGAUUCGGAUGAUAUUGGGAAGAGGCGACCAAGUUUGUUCAACCAUCUACCACCAUUGACCGCUCCAAAAAGUUCAGUGAGUGAUUUUCCACGAAUCCUUGAAUCAGGGCCAUACACGCAUGCGAGACCCCUCAAGGAACAGAGACACUACCGCUCUGUCAGUGACUCAAUCGGCAACAAUUUUUCCCCCUAUGCCAAAGAUCUAAGUGUGCUGAAGAUGCAGGAGAAAAUAAGUGUCAACAGACCAAGUCCGAGUUUGAUUCAGUUGCGCAUUGAUCUAUAUCGGAGGAACAAAGAAAACAUAAAAGGCAAGGAACUGCCGGCUGUUUUCUCCAUCUCCCCACCUAACAAGGGCCAGGAGAGGUUCGGCAGCAAGAGUCCAAUUCUGCCGCCCAUUUCGGGGGAAGACGGCAGACCCAGCAGCUCCACUGACCAUCUGCCCCACGUUGACUCUUUGCCUCUUCAGUCAAUAGUUGAAGCAACCAAUCAGAGAAAGGUGAAGAUUUACAAGACGCAGGAGUCGGACAAGCGAGAAGUCACUUUUGCAGGCACAGACAGUGUGCAACUGGUUACAAUCCAAGCAAAGCCCAAGCCUGGUAUCCAUCGGGAGUACGACCAGUUCACCCUCGCCUGUCUCGCCAUCCAGUUCCCCAGUGCAGAGACCAAGACAGAGGGGAUACCCAAAGUCUCAGUGCCCCAUCCUGACAUGGAGGAGAGAUACUUCCACCUGGUUCAGAGUACCAUCGAGGACUCGGAGAUCGCACCUCUGGACUCCUCGUGGGUGGUGGCCAUAUUCCGCUUCGUGCCCCGACCUCUCUGUCUUCAGUUCCCAGACAAGUUGAAAGAGUUCACGUACGAAGUGAACAGACAGUACCUGACGAGUGUGAAAAGAAGUAUCAUAGACUAUGUGCUGUUGGAUUUCGAGGAACAAAAAAGACUGGGAGUUGAGAUUCUCUUUGAGGAGGACGAGAGUGCAGGUCGUUUCUUCUUUCCUUGGCAUAACAGCGUGCGAAAGACCAAGUUGUGGAUGGAAAAGGAGCUCUACAUCACACACCCUGUGGCCAGGGUCAUCUUGGACCUGUGGGAGACAAAGUUUUCUGGUCUGCGACUGAUAGAUGUGAACAAGUUGUCUGAGUUGAUGCCUCUGAACAUCACAGUGCUGAAGACGGAGGUGGAGAAGAGUAUCAUUGAGGCGAGGAGAGUCCUUCAAAGAGACUGGCUUCCCAAGGUGUCCGAACUCAUAUCCGGAAUGAGGGAGGAGGUCGAGAAGUGGAUGUCCAGCGAUAAGGAGCAGAGAUGCCGCCAGAUGGAGCACUUCUUCUGCUCAGUGGCUUCUCUCCUCUCCUCCCAACUGAGGUCUGUAAUCUUCAAGACCAUGGAGGACCUCCUUAACCUCCUAGAGGGAUUCAGUGAUGGCAACGAGUACGAGGGCGAGUAUGAGACAAGUAACAUGCGGUACAAAAACCUGCAUCCACCACUCCUCAUUUCAAUGAUUCCGGACGAGGACAACGAGUCGACUAAGUUCAACCCGACUUUUGACGAGACAGUUGAGACUGUGAGCACCCUGCUGGACCACAUGAUUCUGGCCACUGAGGGACUCAUCAGGGUCGAACACAGUCUAUUCUACCCUGUCGAGGGACAGGGCCAGAGAUUUCUGCCGACGGUGAACGUGGAAGAGGAUGCUGUAGUCGAGGCUAAAGAAAGAAUCGGGCAGAUUGUUAAACUGAACGAGCCCGGACCCAUCAAAUUCCGUGAGGUGUAUGAGAGGUUCAAGUACUUGCUGGCCAAAGACACUGACGGAAAGGUUCAGAGGUUCAUCAAGAGAGAUCCGACUUUGAGUGGGUAUGUGAAGGAGAUAGAUGGUCUCAAGAGUAUGGCCAACAAGGCCAUGAGUUCGUUCGUGUCUGUGCCUAUGGGUCUCUUUCUAGUCGACUGCACAGAAAUAAACGAGUGGCUGGUGUCACGUGCGAAUCAGCUGAUUGCUAAGAUGGUGGACACUGUGGCGGAGACCAACAGACAGGUGAAUAGAGACAUCUGCCACAAGUUCGACCAGAUUGUGGAGAAAGUGACGGCUGUCAAGACCACCACCAGGGAUCUGGUCGCACAGCAGGACUACUGCGAACAGCUCAGGAUCCGAGACCUGGUCAUACUCUCGGAUGAGCUGGAAGCUUCUGGGUUCAACCUGAUGUUUCUGCUGGAACAUACUUUCCUGUCCAAAGAUGACCUCAUUUUGAAUGCAACUUCAUUCAGCUGGCCAGAACGCAUACUGCCCAUAGUCCGAAACAGUGAGCUGCGCAUAAUGAAGGAGAGAGAUGCUGCUCUGGAUAAACUGCGUUCGCAGCAGAAAGACUUCACAGCCCGGUUGAAUGCCACUCUGCAGCAAGUGAAGGACUUCCGGUCCAAGGAGAGGAUGGGAGAGGCGGAGAGAUACGUGUCCGAACUCCAGCAGAUAGACGAAAGCGUGAAACAAUACGAGGAAGAGAAAGAGCAGAUCAACAAGGAGGAGUUGUUGCUGGAAACUGGGAUGCAGACGUCCUAUGGCAUCAUCAUGGACAUCGUGAACCAGAAGGACCCCUACGAGAGACUGUGGACCACUGCCAUGUCCUUCUCCAACUACUACGACAAGUGGAUGAACGGACCCAUACUCAACGUCAACGCCGAAGUAGUCGACGAAGAGGUCCAGCAGCUGUGGAAGAACAGCUACCGUCUCACCAAAAUCUUCGCCCACCCAGACUUCAUUGGUCCGAUGAGGGCGGCCGUCUCCAUCAAGGGCAGACUGGAAAAGUUCAAGGUCAACAUGCCCCUGCUGCAGGCACUUGGAAACCCAGGUCUCAAGGGCAGACAUUGGGCACAGAUGACCAAAAAGGUUGGAAUUGACUUGGCACCAAAGAAGGACACUCCUCUGAAUGAAUACCUUCAAAUGGGCCUGGAAAAACACCUGGAAGACCUGAACGCAAUCAGCUCCCAGGCAUCCAAAGAAUACGCGGUUGAGAAGGCGCUGGAAAAGAUGAAGAAACAGUGGGAGAGCAUGGAGUUUGCCUUCACCUCUUACAAGGAUACUGGCAUUCCCAUUUUGAACUCGAUAGAUGAUAUCCAAGUGCUGCUUGAUGAUCAUAUUGUGAAGAGUGCAACUAUGAAGGGAUCUCCGUUCAUUGGACCAUUUGAAGACGAAAUCAUGCAGUGGGACGUCACUCUUCACCGCAUGAAAGGUAUUCUUGAGACGUGGCUGAGUGUGCAGAGUAGCUGGCUAUAUCUGGAACCCAUUUUUGGAUCAGAGGACAUUCGAAGACAAAUCCCGCUAGAGGGCGGCCAAUUCGAAAACGUUCACAACGCAUGGGACGGCUGGGAGAAGAUCAACAGUGUUUUGCUCCGUAUAAUGAGCUCUUCGAAGUUUGACAACUCCGCUCUGAAAGUGUUGGCAAUACCCAGGAUGCUCGAGGACUUAUCUGAAAGCGAGAUGUUGCUUGAGCAAAUCCAGAAAGGUCUGAAUAAAUAUCUGGAGGAGAAGCGACUCUACUUCCCUCGCUUUUUCUUCCUCUCAAACGACGAGCUGCUCGAGAUUCUCUCGGAGACCCAAGAUCCAGCUAGAGUCCAGCCUCACCUCAAGAAGUGCUUCGAAGGUAUAACCAGACUUGGCUUCGACAAUGACGGCACUGUGAUCACUGCCAUUGAGUCCAGCGAGGGAGAGAGGGUGUCAAUGUCCACCUCAAUCGACACCAGGAGGUCAAAGGGACUCGUCGAGAAAUGGCUCCUGGAGGUGCAGACUGAGAUGCAGAAGAGUCUUCAGAGUGUGAUGAGGAAGAGUACCAUAUCCUAUGCCAAUUGCGACAGGACUCAGUGGGUGAUGAGGUGGCCUGGCCAGAUUGUGUUGUCUGCUUCACAGAUACAUUGGACUGCCGAGGCUGUCAAGGCUCUGGAGCAGAAUAGACUGAAGUGGUACCAUGACAAGCUGACCAAACAGAUAGAGGCCAUAGUGACCAUGGUCAGAGGCAGACUCAACACUAUGGCCCGCAUCACCCUAGAGUCACUCAUCGUGAUAGAUGUACACGCUCGUGACGUAGUGGCCAAAUUAUGGAAAAGUGGAACGAAUGACCAAACCGACUUCAACUGGAUCUCCCAGCUGAGAUAUUACAUGGUGGACGGGUAUGUCCGGGUGAGGAUGAUCACCACUGAGGUGCCCUACUGUUACGAGUACCUGGGCAACACUUCCAGACUUGUGAUCACGCCACUUACUGACAGGGUCUACAGAACUCUGUUCGGAGCUCUGAAGUUGAAUUUGGGCAGUGCUCCCGAGGGACCGGCAGGCACGGGUAAAACAGAAACUUCAAAAGAUUUGGCGAAGGCCGUCGCUAAACAGUGCGUGGUGUUCAAUUGCUCCGAUGGUCUGGACUACAAAGCGAUGGGCAAGUUCUUCAAAGGACUCGCGCAGUCCGGUGCCUGGGCAUGCUUCGACGAAUUCAAUCGAAUCGAUCUCGAGGUCCUCUCAGUGAUAGCCCAGCAGAUCCAGAGCAUCCAGCGUGCCAUUGGCGAACAGAAGACAGUUUUCAAUUUCGAGGGCACUGAUAUUAAACUGGACAAGACGUGUACUAUUUUUAUAACUAUGAACCCAGGGUAUAAAGGACGAGCAGAGUUGCCGGAUAACUUAAAAGUGUUGUUCCGUUCGGUGGCCAUGAUGAUUCCCGACUACGCCAUGAUAGCUGAAAUCUCUCUCUACUCCAUGGGUUUCAUAGAUGCACGAGUGCUAGCGGGCAAGAUCAUUGCUGUUUACAGACUCUCGUCCGAACAGCUCUCAGCUCAGCACCACUACGAUUAUGGAAUGAGGGCAGUAAAAGCAGUUCUCUACUCGGCUGGCAGACUCAAACUCCAGUUUCCAGAGGAGAACGAGGCCAUCCUGGUCCUCAGAUCAAUCAACGACGUCAACCUGCCGAAGUUCUUGUCUGCGGACUUGCCUCUGUUCCACGGCAUCAUCCUGGAUCUGUUCCCUGGCAUCUCGGCCGCCAAGCCAGAUAGACCGUCUGUGGAGACAGCAGUGAACACGGCAUGCAAGAACUUUAACCUCCAGCCAGUGCCCUGGUUCGUCGAGAAGGUCAUGCAGGAGUUUGACAUGAUGAAAGUGAGACAUGGCUUCAUGAUUGUGGGGGAGACUAUGGGGGGCAAAACCAGCUCCUUCAAGGUGCUCGCCAGGGCAUUCCAGCUGCUGUGCGAAUACACUGACGGAGAGGAACAGCCGGUUGACUUUGAGAUCAUCAACCCGAAAUCGAUCACUCUGGCUCAACUGUACGGCUCCUUUGACUCCAUCUCACACGAGUGGAGUGACGGAGUGCUGGCUAAUAUAUUCAGACAACAUUCUCAGGCCAUCGAGGAUGACAAAAGGAGGAAGUGGAUUGUGUUCGAUGGUCCAGUCGAUGCGUCCUGGAUCGAAAACAUGAACACUGUCUUGGACGACAACAAAAAGCUGUGUCUGAUGAGCGGUGAGAUCAUCCAGAUGAGUUCUCAGCAGAACAUGAUCUUCGAGCCACAGGACCUGGAACAGGCGUCCCCUGCCACUGCCAGCAGAUGCGGCAUGAUCUAUAUGGAGCCGAGUGAGUUGGGGUGGCAGCCUCUGCUUAGAAUGUGGUUCGACAACAACCUCCCCGAGCAGUUGUCUCUUGAUCAUAAAAAUAUGGUCAGGCUGUGCGCUGAUUGGCUGAUCCACCCGUGUCUGAAGUUCGUGCAGAAAGAGUGUCAGAUGGUGAUCAAGCAGUCCAACCAGCAGCUGGUCGGAUCCCUCAUCCGUCUCUACAGCAGCUUCAUGCAACAGAUAAGGGACACUUAUAUACAGGCGGAGGAUCAGGACGAAGUUCUGGAGUCGGAAGAUAGUAUGAAGGACGAAGAAGCGUCCAAAAAACAAGCCUACAAGGAACUGAAAAUGCAGCUAUUGGAAGAAGAAGAGAGGCUGGCUCUUUGUGUGUGUCAGUUUUUGUUCAGCAUUAUCUGGGGCAUAGGAGGAUGUCUUCAGGGCCCGAGCAAGGAAAAGUUUGGAGAAUUCUUCAAAAGUAUUUGUGACUCAGAUGAACGGGCCAAGAACAAUCCCAAAACAAUUCUGCAAGGAUGGUGGGAGCCUAAAGAUCUGAAGUUUCCGCGGCAUCUUUUGAUUCCCAAGCGGGGCUCAGUGUAUGACUACGUGUUCGUGAAGAAGAGCUAUGGAUCAUGGCACAAGUGGGAGGUCAUGAUGGAAACUACCGAGCUGGACGAAAAAACCAAGGCAGCAGCAUUUCGCGCCAAAGUAGAGGCAAAACGAGGCGUGAUUGCCGAAAUCAUAAUCGAGACUGUAGAUACAGUUCGACAGAGGUACUUUCUGCAGAAGAUGCUCGAAUCCGGAAUUCCCAUGGGCUUCAUAGGGCCCACGGGAACAGGGAAGUCGGCUAUCAUAAACCACUUCCUUCUGACACUACCAGAGACGAAGUACAUUCUGAACACGAUCAACUUCUCGGCUCAGACGACUGCGAAUGUGACUCAGGAGAUGGUCAUGUCCAGACUAGAAAAGAAAGCGAGGGGGAUGUAUGCUCCCCCUGAACGUAAACGGAUGCUGCUGUUUGUGGAUGACUUGAACAUGCCGACGAGAGAGAAAUUUGGGGCGAUGCCUCCGAUCGAACUGCUCCGACAACUCAUAGACCACAAGUUCUGGUUCGAAAAGAAAGAGACCAACAAAAUCUGCAUCGAUGGCGUGCAUUUGUUCACGGCUCUCGGGUUGCCGGGAGGCGGGAGAAACGACGUCUCCCAGAGGCUCAUGAGACACAUCCAGACUCUGGCUCUGGACGACUUCAGCGAAGACACCAUCAAGACUAUAUUUGGACCCCUCUUAGAGUGGCACUUCAACAUUGGAUUUGAUAAUGUACUUCGCCGGUUCGCUCGGUUGUUCGUGUUUGCAUCGUGUGAUCUGUAUAUGCGUACGAUCAAGACAUUCUUCCCGACUCCAGCGAAGUGUCACUAUAUCUUCAACUUGAGAGAUAUUGCACGGCUAAUGCAGGGCUUCCUGAUGUUCAAGAGUGACUCUGUGAGGGACGUGAGUGGGCAGAAUGAGGCCAACUACAGACUGAUCCGCCUGUGGAUCCACGAGGUGUACAGAGUCUUCUUCGACAGACUAGUCGACGACCUAGACCGAACAAAGGCCUUCGAAAUUGUCAAUGUGGUGGUGCGAACCCACUUCAAAGAGCGACUGAACAAUGUGUUGUCGCAUUUGUUGACAGCGAAGGACUGCAAGGACUCCGAUCUCCGAGGUCUCUUCUUCGGCGACUAUCUCUCCCUCAAAGAGGGCCAGGGCAGAUCUUACUCCGAAGUCACUGACAUCGCCAAACUGCACGAGGCUAUGGAAGUGUUUCUGGAGGAGUAUAACAUGAACAGUAAGGCGCCGAUGGAUCUAGUCAUGUUCAAUUUCGCCAUUGAGCAUAUUAGCCGAAUUGUGCGAGUGUUGAAACAGCCAAAGGGACAUCUACUUCUCAUUGGAAUCGGCGGAAGUGGGCGGUCGAGUGCGACCCGACUGGCAACCUACAUGGCCAUGCACACUCUCUACGACAUCAAGAUCAGCCAGAACUACGGCACCGCCGACUGGAGAGAGGACAUCCGGAAGGUGCUCAAGAUAGCCGGCGAACAGGGCAACAGUGUCGUCCUCAUGUUCGGAGACCACCAGAUAAAGGAUCAAUCGUUUUUGGAGGAUAUCAACAUCUUGCUUAAUUCAGCUGACAUUCCGAAUUUGUACGAGCACGAAGACAGGCUUGAAAUCAUCGAAAAGAUGCAACAAGUGGCGCUGGCUGAGAAGCUGAAGGUCGAGAUGACCCCUCUGAACAUGUACAACAAGUUCUUGGAGAGGGUGAGGAUUAAUCUACACAUUGUGCUCACUUUCAGUCCCAUCGGAGAGGCCUUCAGAAACAGGCUUAGAAUGGUUCCCUCACUCAUCUCCUGCUGCACUAUCGACUGGUUCCAGGCGUGGCCUGAAGAUGCCCUGGAGAAAGUGGCAACCAGAUAUCUGGACGACGUGGAGAUGAACCCAGAAGUGAGGAAAGAGGUCACACACAUGUGCAAGCAGUUCCACCAGGACGUCCGACAACUUUCAGACAAUUUCAAAGAAGUCCUUCACAGAUUCAAUUACGUCACUCCCACUUCCUACUUGCAGUUGAUAAAGACAUUCAAGCGUCUGCUGGACAAAAAGAGAUUGGAGAUCCUGACUCUCAAAAACAGAUACCAGGUCGGUCUGCAGAAACUGGAGUUCGCUGAGACUCAAGUGGCGAUAAUGAGUGAGGAGUUGAAGGACUUGCAGCCACAGCUGAUCCAGACUUCGAAGGAGACGGAGGACUUGAUGGGUGUGAUCCAGAGGGACACUGAGGAGGUGGAGAAGGUGAAGAAUGUGGUGGAGGAGGACGAGGAGGUGGCCAACAGGGCAGCUGCCGAGUCACAGAGCAUCAAGGACGAGUGUGAGGAGCAGUUGAACAUUGCACUUCCAGCUCUGAAUGCGGCAGUGGCAGCCCUGAACACCCUCAAGGAGCAGGACAUCUCCCUCGUCAAGACUAUGGCCAACCCCCCUCAGGGGAUCAAAAUUGUGCUGGAGGCCAUAUGCAUCAUGAAGGGUAUGAAACCAACCCGAAAACCAGACGCCAAUGGAAAGAUGAUCGACGAUUAUUGGCCAACUGCAAAAAAGAUGUUGGGAGAUCUGAAAUUCCUGGACUCCCUGAAAGAGUACGACAAAGACAACAUUGGACCAGGAGUGAUGAAACAGAUCAGAGACAAGUACAUCAGCAACCCCGAGUUCGACCCGGCCCGGAUUCGAAACGCCUCCUCGGCCUGCGAGGGAAUGUGUCUGUGGAUUAAAGCUAUUGAAGUGUAUGACCGCGUGAUCAAGGUGAUUGCGCCGAAGCGUGAGCGACUGGGGGAGGCGGAGAAGAAGUUGGGGGAGCAGAUGGAAAUGUUGGAAGUGAAGCAGAAGGAACUGCAGGAGGUGACUUCGAAACUGGACGCCCUCCGGCACCAGUUCCAGGAGAAGAACGACAUGAAAACUUACCUCGAGUCUCAGAUUGACCUGACCCAAGUGCGUCUACAGCGUGCCUCUAAGCUGAUUGGUCAAUUAGGAGGUGAGAGGGUGAGAUGGACUGAGAUGGAGAAAUUAAUGGGCAGCAGUUACAUCAACAUAGUGGGCGAUGUGCUCAUUGCCUCUGCAAUUGUGGCCUAUUUAGGCCCAUUCACUCUCGAGUUCAGAAAUUCGUGUGUGAACAAGUGGCUGGGUGAAUGCAGAGAGCGUUCUAUCCCCGUGUCGCCCCACUUUGACCUGGCCGGAACACUCUGUGACCCCGUGACCUCUAGAGAGUGGCAACUCAGAGGACUUCCCGUUGACGAUUUCUCACUGGACAAUGCAAUUUUGGUGAAGAACAGUAGCCGCUGGCCCCUGAUGAUUGACCCCCAGUCUCAGGCGAACAAGUGGAUCAAAAACAUGGAGAGAGUGAACAAACUGAUGGUGGUCAAGUUAUCAGACACAGACUAUCUGCGCACACUCGAGAACUGCAUCACUUUUGGAGCCCCCUGUUUGAUUGAGAAUGUGGGGGAGGAGCUGGACCCAGUGUUGGACCCUGUGCUUCUCAAACAGACCUUCAAACAGACAGGCGAUGCUGGAAUGGCUGGCGCUGAGUACAUCCGACUGAGAGACAAUGUGUUCCAGUUCAGCAAGGACUUCCGACUGUACAUGACGACCCGCAUACUCAACCCCCACUAUCUACCCGAAGUGUCUGUAAAGGUGACGAUCAUCAACUUCAUGAUCACGCGGGAGGCUCUGGAGAACCAGCUGUUGAAUCUGGUGGCGGCGAUGGAGGAGCCAGAGCUGGAGGAGAAAAGGAACCAGCUGAUCACCGAGGGCGCCAUGUGCAAGCGACAACUAAAGGAGAUCGAGGACAAGAUACUCGAGAUACUCUCCGCCAGCCAGGGAAACAUUUUGGAAGACGACGCGGCUAUUGAGGUUCUGACAUCCUCCAAGUGUCUCUCGGAAGAGCUGCAGGUUAAAGAGACCACUAGUGAGGAGACUCAGGAGUCAAUCUCACAGGUGAGGAACAAAUACAUCCCCGUAUCUGUUCACUCCGCCUUGAUGUUCUUCGUGUCAACCAGUUUGACCUCCAUUGACCCAAUGUAUCAAUUCAGUCUCGACUUCUAUAUCAAGCUAUUCGUGCAGACGCUGGAGAAGACAAACCAAAAGAACAAUUUGGAAAAACGGAUGCACUUUCUCAAUAGAGACUUCACCUUCAGUUUGUACCAGAAUGUGUGUCGAUCUCUCUUCGAGAAAGACAAGCUCCUCUUCUCCUUCCUACUCACCGUCUCCAUCAUCCGUGGAAAGGGAUGGUUGACAGAUGGACAAGUGAACAAGUCUGACGAAAGGAUAGAAGACCAGGAACUGCGGUUCCUCCUCACUGGAAGCGUGACCUUGGACAAUCCCUACCCGAACCCCUGUUCCGACUGGCUCUCGGAAAAGACCUGGAACGAGAUAUGCAAGGCUGCUGAACUGCCCCGAAUGACUGGGUUCAAAGAACACUUCGAACGAAACUACUUGCGUUGGAAGAAGAUGUUUGAAGCAGCCGACCCUUCCAGUGUGAUGCCAGAUGGGUGGAAGCCAAACCAGCUGACCGACAUUCAGACCCUCAUCAUCACCAGGUGUUUCAGGCCCGACAAAAUAACCUCGGCGGUAAUCAAAUUUGUGGUGAAGCGCAUGGGCAAAGAAUACGUUGACCCGCCGACCUUUGACCUUGAGAAGAGCUUCAUAGACAGCAACUGUUCCACACCCCUCGUGUUUGUCCUCAGCCCCGGCUCAGAUCCCAUGGCUUCACUGCAGAAGUUCGCGGACGCAAAAGGUCAAACUCUGAUCACCAUUUCACUGGGUCAAGGUCAAGGUCCAAUUGCGGAGAAGAAGGUUAAGGACGCGGCUGCUUCCGGACACUGGGUGGUGUUGCAGAACUGUCAUCUGGCAGUAUCCUGGCUCCCCACUCUGGAAAAGCUAGUGCAGGAUCAACUAAGCAACUCACAGCUGGUCAAGCCUCAUUUCAGGAUGUGGCUGACGAGCUACACUUCGGAGAAGUUCCCAGCGUACAUUCUGCAGACGAGUGUGAAGAUGACUAAUGAGCCCCCGAAGGGUCUGAGAAACAACAUCCUCCGCUCAUACCUCUCCCACCCCAUCAACAACCCCGACUUCUACAGGGGCUGCAGAAAGUCUAUCGAAUGGCAGCGACUGCUGUUCAGCCUGACCUUCUUCCACGCACUGGUGCAGGAGAGGCGGGACUUCGGACCCCUUGGAUGGAACAUAUCCUACAUGUUCAAUGAGUCAGACCUUAUCAUCAGUGUCAGACAGCUGCAGAUGUUUCUGAAUGACUACGAGAAGAUCCCGAUAGAUGCUCUUUUGUACCUGGUGGGAGAGUGCAACUACGGAGGCAGAGUCACAGACGAGAGAGACCGAGUGCUCAUCAACAGCCUCCUCACUAUCUUCUACAACCACAAGGUGUACCAAGAGCCAGGCUACCGAUUCAGUUCAAACUCAGCCAGCUACUACAUCCCAGAUGAGGCGAGAGAACACGCUGCAUUUGUGGACUACGUGAAACAACUGCCGAUCCAAAACGACCCCACAGUGUUCGGGCUUCACGAAAACGCAGACAUUGCCAAGGCCAAUCGGGAGACGAAAGAGUUGUUUGAGGGAGUCCUUAAAACACUUCCCAAGGAGGGCAAUGUGAGUCCAAUCGGGAGUACUGAGAAUGCCCUGAUUCUGACGAAGGACAUUCUGGGCAAACUGCCCGUCCCCUUCAAAGUCGAGGAAGUCGCAUUCAAGUUCCCGGUGCAGUAUGAUGAGUCUAUGAACACAGUACUACUGCAGGAGCUCACUCGCUACAACAGACUCAUCGCUGUGAUCAAAAGCAGUUUACAGGAGAUGGAAAAAGCAAUACUCGGCUAUGUGGUUCAGAGUGCGGCAAUAGAAGAGGUAUUUAACUCGGUGCUGAUCGGGAGGGUUCCCCUGAUGUGGAAGGAGAAGAGCUACCCCUCCACGAAACCACUGGCCAGCUACAUUAUAGAUCUAAUACACCGAAUAGAGUUCUUCAAGACGUGGAGCAAGCAGGGCCAGCCCAACGUGUUCUGGCUGUCGGGUUUCUUUUUCACCCAGUCUUUCUUCACGGGUGCUCUGCAAAACUACGCCAGGGCCCACAAGAUCCCAAUCGACCAUCUGGGAUUCAACUACGAGGUCAUUGAGAGGAGCGAGAACCAGAUCGAAGCACGCCCGUCAAAAGGAGUUUACGUCUCGGGUUUGUUUCUGGAGGGUGCGGCAUGGGAUCACGAGAAGUGGGUGCUAACCGAGUCUACGCCCAAAGAACUCUACGUCAAAAUGCCAGUGAUGUGGGUGAUUCCCCGAAUGAACGAGGAUGCAAGCAGCUCCUCACAGUAUAUCUACAAAUGCCCCAUCUACAAGACCGGCUUACGCAAGGGAGAACUUUCGACCACAGGACACAGCACCAACUUCGUACUGGCGGCAGAAUUGCCCACUGAUAAGUCACACGUGCAUUGGAUCAACAGGGGCGUGGCACUCCUUUGCCAGCUGGAUGAUUGAUGACUAGUUCACUCAAAAAUAAACAUCUAACUCCGCGUGUACAAAUUGAGCGUGAACAAAUUGAGCGUGAACAAGUCUGCGUGAACAAAUUGAGAAGAAUCUGCGUGUGCAAAACAAGGAUAACAUUUAACUGUAUAUGGUGUCAUUGAAAUUACAAACAGAGCAACUUAUUAAAAUUAAACCAAAAAACUAAAAUUUUGAAAUGCUAUAUUUUUAUUUUAAGAAUUAUUCCCUGAAAAAUCUGUUUAUUUUGAAAAAUGCUUUGUAUCAAGUCAAGAACUCCACCCCAGCAUUUAAUUCACAUUAAUUGUGCUAAGCGCUGCAUGUAAAAUGCUUGAUUCUGAUUGGCUGAAAAUUCCUAACUUAGAACCAAGUUAACAGCCCGCAUCCUCCCCCCAAACAUUUUUUUUGGGGGGGGGGGGAAGGGGAAGAUGUUAACUUGGUCCUAUGCUUUAAGUCUUUCAAUAGCUCUAUCACUGUAGAACUUUCUGUCGAAGUAUUCGUCAAAUUCACUAUUUCAAAAAGCGUGUGGCUGCUCAUCACUUAUUUUCUUCAUCAAAUUUACCAUUCAAAUGCUAAAAAAAACAAUUUGGAGGUUUAAAUGAAAUCAUGUUCGAUUUCUUCAAUCAUCUCGUGCAAUUUAAUCUUAUUUAGUAAACAACAUUCAAUUUACAUUGUAAAAAUCAGUGCAAUGAUAGUGUGAAUAUGUACAUAAAAUUAUAUUAUUUUUUCAUUCUUGUGACGCAAACAUGUGAUGUAAAC